UGGAAUAUCCUCGCGACGUCAUUAGUUCUCGUUCUGUACAUAAACCAACAAGACAGGGCUCCUCGGGGCUUUCCAUUUCCUUUGCAGCAAUACUAACAGGCCCUCGAAAACAACGUAUUAAUACUGUCUGCUCUGUUACCCAAGAUCUCUCCUAGUUCGCAACUCUUCCUUAAAAGCGCGAUAGUUAUUCUCAAUUACCAAUCUUGAAUUCACAAAAAUGGAGGUGGAGCAAAAACCAAAUGAUCUUUCUACCCAGAAAUUUCCUCUUCCAGUGGAUUCUGAGCAUAAGGCGACUGUAUUUCGAGUACACUCGUUUGCGCCACCUCACAUGCGAGCAUUUCACAUCUCCUGGAUUUCCUUCUUUUCUUGUUUCGUCUCCACUUUCGCUGCCCCACCCCUCUUACCUAUCAUCCGUGACAACCUUAAUCUAACCUCCACAGACAUUGGAAAUGCUGGAAUUGCUGCUGUUUCUGGCGCAGUAUUCGCUCGAGUCGCCAUGGGAACAGCUUGUGACUUAUUCGGACCUCGUCUCGCCUCAUCAUCUCUCAUCCUCCUCACUGCACCCGCAGUUUUCUGUAGUUCCAUCUCCAAUUCCCCGGUUUCUUUCCUCCUUGUCCGGUUUUUUACCGGGUUUUCUCUGGCCACUUUUGUUUCAACUCAAUUCUGGAUGAGCUCCAUGUUCACUGCUAGAGUCGUGGGAACUGCUAACGGCCUAGCAGGAGGAUGGGGGAAUCUUGGAGGUGGCGCGACCCAACUGAUCAUGCCCCUCGUGUUUUCAGUCAUCAGAGAUAUUGGUGCAACAAAGUUUACAGCUUGGAGAAUUGCAUUCUUUAUUCCAGCCCUUUUCCAAACAUUAUCAGCAUAUGCUAUUUUCUUUCUAGGCCAAGACAUGCCCGAUGGGAAUUACUCAAAAUUGCAUAAAUCAGGGGAAAGGCAUAAAGAUAAUUUCCCACAGGUUCUCUAUCAUGCGGUCACGAAUUACAGAGGGUGGAUUCUGGCAUUGACUUAUGGCUACUGUUUCGGAGUUGAAUUAACUGUUGAUAACAUAAUCGCACAGUAUUUCUAUGACAGAUUCAAUGUGAAUCUCCGCACUGCGGGAAUGAUUGCUGCCAGUUUUGGACUAGCCAAUAUAUUUUCCAGGCCUGGUGGGGGAAUCUUGUCGGAUGCAGUUGCCAAGAGGUUUGGAAUGAGGGGUAGGCUAUGGACCCUGUGGAUGGUGCAGACAAUCGGAGGUCUGCUUUGUGUGUUGCUGGGGAAGGUGGGAUCUCUAGGCGCAUCCGUAGCAGUGAUGCUUGUGUUCUCUAUUUUCUGUCAAGCAGCGUGUGGUCUUACUUUUGGAGUGGUUCCAUUUGUCUCAAGAAGGUCGCUAGGAAUAAUAUCUGGGAUGACUGGAGGAGGUGGAAAUGUGGGGGCUGUUUUAACACAAGUGAUUCUCUUCAGGGGAUCAAGAUUCUCCACGGAAACAGGGAUAACUCUGAUGGGAAUCAUGAUUCUAUGCUGCAGCCUCCCAAUUUGGUUGAUCUACUUCCCGCAGUGGGGAGGAAUGUUGCAUGGCCCGUCGUCUAAAGGAACAACAGAAGAAGAAUACUACAUGUCUGAAUGGAGUUCAACAGAGAGAAACAAAGGUUUCCACCAAGCAAGCAUGAAAUUUGCUGAUAAUAGCAGAAGUGAAAGAGGUAGAAGGGUUGAAUCUGCCCCCGCCCCUGUUGAUCAGGGGACUCCAAGCCCAGGUGUGUAAACAAAUAAAAUAACCCUCUUUUCUUUUAUUAAACUUCCAAGAAAACGAAGCGAGGGCGGAGAAUGCUCCAGUCCCGGUUCAACGAGUGUGGACGGAGGAGCAUUCGAUUGCUCCUCCUGCCUUCCACAAUCCUCCACCCGUCCAGAAAUAAAGAAAUGCUACCUUGAACCUCA